AUGAUUGAAAGCUGCAAGGGAAUCACCACCAAAGGCGUGUCGUGCACGGCUAACGCGGUGAAAAAUGGCUACUGUAUCCUUCACUCCAAGCGCCAUGCGCAGGCCAUUCGACACCCUAUUCUCUUAUCCCCGCAUCCAGACACUGACGCUGCCUGCAACAAACCUCUCCCGCAUCUCCCUUCCUCUAAUGACAGUCUGUCUUUUCCUCGCCGCAGACGCUGCAGCAGAACAAAAGCAAUCAAAUCUCCCAAGCAUAAAGGCUGCGACCUAAGUGACCAUCCUACCUCUCGAUGGGACACCAUCUCCCCGCUGGAUGCAGACUUUUCCGAGGGCGAGGAGAUUACGAUUCAGCUCGUACCGAGCGAGGAAGUUUGGCUGUCUUUAUCAGAAAGCGAUAGUGCCUAUGGCAGCGACGACAGUACCGGCAGCAUUCACAGCCAUAGAAGCACCGCGAGCAGCCACUCCAUACAAGAUUCUCCUGUCAAGUUUGAGCCCUAUUACAUGGGUGCACUCUGGCGGGGUAAUCCACCCGACGGCGUUAUAGUCGUCGGAGACAAAGACAGUAACCGCAUUCGGCGCUCCAUUCGUCAAGAUGCCCGCAGACGCCAUGCCAAAAAUAAGCAUGGCAAAAUGGAGCUCGAACAAGAGCACAGCGAGGACGGGCAGGACAACAACAGCUAUUACCCAUCGCCGAUGCGAUGGCCGUUUUCCUCCCCAACCAGUGUCUACUUCGCCCACCGCAGCGAGCAGAAUGAAGAGGAGGGGUCGUAUGUAGAGAACCAAACCCCUCUCUACCGCCGCCGUCGCGGCAUCAUCUCAGAGAUAAAUAUCGCCAUCGACAGCCUAGCCAACCACGACGACAGGGGCACCCCCUUCCCUUUCCUCGCCAAAGUCCCAUGCACCCACUCCAUUCAGCCCAAAACUAAGAAGAUAAAGAAACUCGAGCCCUCCACACUCACCGCACCCAUACUCAGUCCCUACCGCUUCCAGCCCCUCCGCUCCGCUCCACUCCCCCCGCCAGGCGGGUCCGCCACCGCCACAGCCCUCGGUAUUCUCUCCACGAACACAAGCCCCCUUCUCCUAUCCAGCAGUAUCCACUCCUCGCGCCACAAACUACCUGUCCUCAUUUCCCCGCCCUCCCUCCCGUCUCCCCAUUCUGCGUCGCUAUGCUGUGCCACUCCCAGCGCCCAGGACGAGUCCGACGAGUUCGAUGAAUUCGACUCCGGCUCCGACGAGACGGCCAUCCCCCAACCGAAUGCUGGUCCGGGCGAUCAACCACUCCCAACUCUAAACACCCGCGCCGAACUCGAAUAUAUCUGCAACACCUUGCUUGCGCUCCGGCUGCAGUGGGUGGAUAAUGAUAAUCUCGCGCUCGAUGGGCUUUAUAGGCUCGCGUGGCAGCAUAUACGGAUGGUGGGGGAUACGCAUGGAGUUAUGGAGAUGGAGGAGCGGAAGGGACUAGAGGAGCAGGGGGUAAUAGGGGGGCUGGGGCUGGACGUGGGGCAGACGUGGUGA